CGGAAGCGUCGGUUUACGACAACUUGGAAGAUCGAACCUGUCCGGCGCUGAUCGCUCGGCGUUCUUGGCCGCACACGUGUGGCUCCGGCCGGUAAUUCAUUCCGCUUUAAGCGGAACAGACACUUUGAAAGACAGAGAGGCAGCGGCAGCCAAGAUGGAUUUUGCUGAUGAAAAUGAAGGGACGUCGGGAGAAGAUCUUCAACGUGCUGCCGAGGGGGCGCGGCUAAUUCCCGAGUCCGAGUACGGUAGCGAGCGAGUCAGGGUCAUAGCAAGGAUGGAGAAGGCCAUCAGUGCAGAGAUGGGGAAUAAACUGACAGAAAUAGAGAAGACAGAUGAUGGGAAGGAAGGAAGUGGACAAAGAGCAGAGGAAAUGCUAGUGGACCUAACGGUUGUGAAACAAGAAGUUAUGGACUGGUCGGAAAUGGAAGCAGGUAUGUUGCAUGGCCAGUGGGUGAAGCAGGAGGUGGAGGAUGGUCCUGGCGUGAAGGAGGAGAACCCCGGCACAUCGGAGGUGAAGCAGGAGGUGGAUAGUAAUUGGGGGGUCAAAGAAGAGAAGGCAAAUGAACUGGAAAUAAAGGAAGAGAAAGUGAAGGUGAAAGAAGAGAGAUUGGAUUGGCAAGAACUGAAGGAAGAGAGGGAUAACUUGGAAAUAAAACAAGAGGAAGUGUUUGAUGGUAAGAAUAUAAAAAAGGAGGAGGUGAUGGAUGAAGUGUGUGUAAAAGAAGAGAAGUAUUUCCCAAAGAAAGAAAUGAUGGAUGAUACAAAUGUUAAAGAAGAGCUUCAGAUAAGUCUGCCCGUGGGCUCCAAGCGGAAACUGGCUAUGUCAAGGUGUGAAACUUGUGGUACAGAAGAAGCAAAGUACAGAUGUCCACGUUGUAUGCGUUAUUCCUGCAGUUUGCCGUGUGUAAAGAAACACAAAGCAGAACUGACAUGUAAUGGAGUUCGGGAUAAGACUGCAUAUGUUUCAAUACAACAAUUUACUGAAAUGAAUCUUUUAAGUGACUAUCGAUUUUUGGAAGAUGUGGCAAGAACAGCAGACCAUAUUUCUAGAGAUACUUUCUUGAAAAGACCAAUAAGUAAUAAGCAUAUGUACUUUAUGAAGAAUCGUGCCCGAAGGCAAGGUAUUAACUUAAACCUUCUACCUAAUGGUUUCACCAAAAGAAAAGAGAAUUCAACAUAUUUUGAUAAGAAAAAACAGCAGUUUUGUUGGCAUGUGAAGCUUCAAUUUCCUCAGAGUCAAGCUGUGUACAUAGAAAAAAGAGUACCAGAUGACAAAACAAUCAAUGAAAUCUUAAGACCAUACAUUGAUCCUGAAAAGUCUGAUCCUGUAAUUCGUCAAAGGUUGAAAGUCUACGUUCGCUCUCAGACUGGGGUCCAAAUUUUAAUGAAAGUUGAACAUACACAGCAAAAUUUAGUAAGAUAUUAUGAAUUGGAUCCUUGCAAAAGUCUCCUUGACAAUUUGAGGAACAAAGUGAUCAUUGAGUAUCCGACGUUACAUGUGGUAUUAAAAGAAUUCAGUAGUGACAUGAAAGUCCUUCACCAAGUGAAAAGUGAAUCUACCAAGAACACUGGCAAUGAAGAUUGAACACUUCUUCUGGGGGAAGAAUGCAAAAUUCCCAGACUGUUGCAGAAGACUAUGUGUUGAUUAGCUAUUGGAUAAUAGGGUUGUUGUCAGCAGUGGCUGGAAUUUUUUGUUUCUCCGAAAAGUAAUUAAACAAACUAAGGAUUCUUGUGUUUGUUUGGCUUUAUGGAAAAGAUAUUUCUAACCCCUUGAUUGUAAGGCCCUUCAUAUUAACGAUCAUUUGCAUUAACAAUUCAUAUUAAUAAACCCCCACCUUUUUUUUAAAUGAUUGGCAUGGUACUUAUUUUAAUUAGGCCUUGGUUUUCAAUAUGCUUAAUUUUAUAGGCUGACAACUUUGUUUUGAUGCAAGAACAAGGAUACCUGCAUCAGCCACAAAAUUGGACAUUCUCUUUAGUGGAACUUCACUAAACAGAAAGACUGGAGUAACUCAUCUAGCUGUCAGGUAUCCCCAUUCUAGUCUUUAUAAUUGACCUGUGGCUUCCUUCUUAAGACAGCUUAAUGGGUCUUUUUAUACUUGCAUAACACCUAGUACAAUAUCUUAUGUGUAAAGGCUGAUUAACUACUGUUUCUUAUAUCCACUAUAGAAAAUCAGUGGAUCUACACUGUUGCUUGAACCAUCACUAUAUACAAAUUUGGCUCUGCUUAUUCACAAGCUAUCUCAUGAAUUCUGAGCCUUUCAUGCAGUUCCUGCUCCACUCUUGUCAUUACCACACAGGGAUAUUAUGAUGAGCAGUUCUAUGCUGAGUUUUGAAACAUCUAGCAAUAACUAAG